UUAAAGUGGCUUGUUCCCACUUGCUGCCAUGUUGGAUGUACGCAUCGCUGCUGCAGCUCCUGGAGUACUCUAAUGAAAGUUGAACGUUUAUUCUUCUCCAGAGACCAACUGGGUCCUUAUUUUUUGGGUUAUUAGUCAAGGCAUUCGUUUAAGGUGAUUUCUCGAGCGGGAGUGAGCCGGGGUAACACACCUGUCCCCCUCCGCCCUCCAGCCCGGAGUCGCACUCACUCAGCGGAGAUGAUCCGGUUGCAGGCCACAGCGACCGGAGCCCGCAUGGAUUUUCUGUAAUUAGUAGUGUUUGCUGAGCCCCUCCGGGAAUAACUGCAGUGUUUCGGGUUUAUUUUGAAGACUCUGAAGCCAUGAAUAGCCACCCGCCGCCCCGCAGGGCUGUGAACGUCGGCUCCAUCCUCUUGACCCCGCAGGAGAACGAGUGUCUGUUCGGCUACCUGGGCAGGAAAUGUGCUACUCUGUGCUCAGCGGUGGUCCAGGUAUACACAGCUGAUCGGAGCUGCAGCUGGGUGAAGAGAUGCUGUGGAGUCGCCUGUCUGGUCAAAGACAACCCACAGAGGUCUUACUUCAUUAGAGUGUUUGAUAUUAAGGAAGGUAAAACCAUGUUUGAACAGGAACUGUACCACAACUUUUCCAUCAGUAGCUCCAGAUCCUACUUCAUCUCUUUUGCAGGAGAUACGUGUCAGAUUGGCCUGAACUUUGCCAGUGAAGAAGAAGCAAAGAGAUUCAGAGUCGCAAUCAAUGACCUGCUGAACCGACGACAGCGCAAAACAGAGAAAAGGGGUGAUCCUAAAAAUGGUCCCGCUCUGCCCAUGGCCACAGUGGACAUCAAGAACCCAGAGAUCAACAACGUCCGCUUCCACAACUCCCACAGCCACCAGCAGCCAUACCACCUCAACAACAUGCUGAGCCACAGCGGCCUGAACAGGAAGGACAAGAAAACCAAAGGCAAGAAGAAGAAGCUGACCAAAGCGGACAUCGGCACACCCAGCAACUUCCAGCACAUCGGCCACGUGGGCUGGGAUCCUAACACAGGUUUUGAUCUGAACAACCUGGACCCUGAGCUGAAGAACCUGUUCGACAUGUGCGGCAUCUCCGAGGCUCAGCUGAAGGACCGAGAGACGUCGAAGGUCAUCUAUGACUUCAUCGAGAAGAAGGGAGGCGUAGAAGCCGUGAAGAAUGAGCUGAGGAGGCAGGCGCCUCCUCCACCCCCUUUUCGCAGCGGCCCUCCUCCUCCUCCACCCCCCCACAGUUCAGCUCCACCCCCUCCUCCUCCCCCAUCAAGAGGAGGCCGAGGAGCCCCUCCUCCUCCUCCCCCUCCUCCAUCUCGGGCACCUGCUUCAGCUCCGCCUCCCCCACCUCCCUCCAGACCAGGAACUCUGGGUGCUCCACCUCCGCCGCCUCCCCCCACCAGAGGUCACCAGCCCACUCCCCCUCCCCACCACCACCACCAUCAUCACCACCAGCCCCCCCCACCCCCUCCUCCAUCACACGCAUCUGUCACCCCUCAAGCUCCGCCCCCUCCACCUCCUCCAGUAGCCCAGCAGUCUCCACCAGGCGGCGGUACCAGCUCUACUCCUGCUCCACCACCUCCCCCUCCUCCACCUCCUCCUCCCCCACCAGGACCUCCGCCUCCAGAGCUGGACAGUGUCGGAGGAGGCGGAGACUCUCCUCAUUCGCCGAGUCCUGGCGGGAAGUCCGCACUGCUGGAGCAAAUCAGAGGAGGAACACAACUGAAAAAGGUGGAGCAGAACAACCGACCGCCAGCCUCCAGCACGGGACGAGACGCUCUGUUGGACCAGAUCCGACAGGGGAUCCAGCUCAAGACAGUGUCAGAUCAUCCAGAGUCCAGUCCUCCAACGCCGGCUCCGGCUGCAGGCAUCGUUGGCGCUCUCAUGGAAGUGAUGCAGAAGAGGAGCAAAGCCAUUCAUUCCUCAGAUGAGGAUGAAGACGACGAUGACGAAGAGGACUUUGAGGAUGACGACGAAUGGGAAGACUAGUGAAGACCCCUCCUCCCCUCUACCACUUACACUAAAAUAUCUCUUAAAAAUCUUCCAGAAUCUGACUAAAAUUGUAAUGUAAAUGUUGUAUGAACUUGGUGCAUAUUUAUUUUUGCCUUUUUGUUUUUUUAUGAUGAUUAUAAUUAAUCUGUGCAAUACCUCAUCCGUUAAAUCUGUUUGUUGCACACCCUCGUCAUCCUCCUCCCCCGGAACGUCCUGUCACUAGAAAGCACUUAACCCGUCAUUACCUAUAAUAAAUAAUAGAGAAUAUUCAAGAGGAACCUGGGAGAUAAUUUUAUGUGUUAAUUUCUUCAUGUUUUCAUUCCUCAUCAUUGAAAAGGGAGAUGUUAUUUGACCAAACAGGCAGAAUCCUCAGCUUAAAUGUGACAUUAUUUUCUGCACCUGCUUUUUUUUUUUUUUUUUUUUCUUAUUCUUGAGUUUUCUUAUAAAAUCGUAGUCUAGUCGUGUUAUUGAUUUCAUAAAGACUUCUGUCGACCAAAAUGCAGAGGCUCAGCUGCCUCGUCUUCUACUUUUAUUUUUCUGUAUGUUUAUUUGCACAGUUUCUACAAUAGUUUUGUGGGGGGUUUUGUUUUGUUUUUUGGGGGGGGCUGUGUGUGUUUGUGAGAAGAACUUGUUUCAGGCAGAUUUCAGCAGUGACGGAUAUCUUAAAAGCUGAAAGUUGUGCAGUAUCGCGAACAAACAUGACUGACAUUUCUUUCCUAAAACAUUAAUUCACUAUGGCAGGUGUGAAACGACGGGGGUUUUGUUCUUGUCUGGUCGGUUGCUUUUGUUGUGACAUCAAUUUCGUUCCUGCUGCACUCCGGUCAGUAUUUCAAACAGUAUCACAUAAUGAAUAAUAUAUUGCAAAAUAUAGAAAAAUAAUGUUUAAUACUCUUCUCCCGUCCUUCAGUUAACAAACUGUAAUGUUAUGCAAUGCGACUGUAAAUGCCUCCAUGUGGAGAAAACUGAAAAAA